AUGUCUUCACGCCCAUCCCAUCGAGGGCGCAGUAGGGGCUUCUCUAGCCGACCGUACUCCGGCGAUGCGCACUUAAGGUCUGUCCGCGACGCCAAUUUAGGCCUCCGGCGAGGUGAGAGUGGAAGCUUCGCGAACCAAACGGUGCAUAAUCAGAACCCCCCGUAUAAUCCGAGGCCUCAUCCGCCGCCGCUUCACCAUGAGCGGCCUCAGUUCCGUAAUCGACCGUAUUCCCCGCCCUUUCCGCCACAUUUUCCGCAGUACGGCAACAUCCUCCACCUGAGCACCGCCGACGUUUCGUCCGCAGACGCAUCUCCGCAGCGGCCCCGGUUUAAAGUUCUUUCCUAUAAUAUAUUGGCUGACUACCUUGCUUUGGACCACCGGAACAAACUUUAUUUUCACAUACCUCCAUACAUCUUGGAUGGCAGUGGAGAAAGAGAAGCAUACUUUUUGAGUUGGGGGCUGUGGUCAGCUGAUAUCUGUGUUUACAGUGUGCUUUGGGAGGUUGAUAGAUUUCAUGAGUUGGCUGAGGAGUUUGCAGCCGUUCGUGAUUAUCAGUGGCUCUGGAAGAUGCGCACAGGUAAUCAGUUGAGGGCUGUGCAAAUUUUGGAAAAAAUCAAGUUUGUCAGUUUUGUUAAGGUUCAUUUGUUAUAUGAAGAAUGCAUUGAGUUUAAUAAGCUGGGGACUCAGGGACAAUGUCGCCUCAGCUAUGUGUACUGGAGGUGGAAGGAAAAACCAAAGAAAUAUUUGAAAAAUCUUGGAGACACAGAAAUGGGGGCAAACAUGAAACUUGAUUCAGUAGGAUGGCUGCAGCAUUUGAGUUGUUGCAAUAUUGGCUCUGAUCAUAUCUGUUCCCCCAAAACAGAGAGCACUGGGCAUCCUAUAGAAGCCUCAAGCCACCUGCCAAGGGAAUGUAGGAUACUUGCAGAUUUUCUUGAAAUAAGUGAGGUGUUUCAUUGCUUUAAGUGUUUUCUUUUCAUGGGAUAUUUUUGCGUUCUCAGCAUAAUAUUACAUAACAUAUACGUCAAUCUCUGUAGCUUGACAGGCUCUAGUAAAGUUGUGGUUUGUAACAUUCAUGUGCUUUACAAUCCUAACAGGGGAGAAAUUAAGCUUGGCCAGGUUCGCGUGCUACUUGAUAAGGCUAAAGCUGUUUCUAAACUCUGGAAUGAUCCUAUAGUGAUCUGUCAUUUUCUUUUAGUAAAAUGUUUAACGGCCUUUGACAUUAACCAUUUAAUUCUUGUAUCAGAGUACCGUAUAAAACUUAUAUCGGAACAGAAGUUAGAUCUAUCCGGAAUAGAUAGGAAUAAGGUAUCAGGACAAGCUUCUGCAAUUCCUGCAUCAAAGCCCUAUUAUGGUCCUAAUUCUGGUGAAAUAUCUGCUACUGUCAGUUCCUUGCUAUAUUCAUGUCUUCGUGUGCACAUGUUGAGUGUGGAAAAGGAAAAUGAUUCAUAUCCUGGAAAAGAUACUCAGGAAACUACUGUUGACCAUUUGAAGAUCUUUCGCGAAGUUGGUAGCAUAGAAGAACAAGAUGCUGCAUAUAGUAAUGGUGGGCUCCAUAAUGUUCCUGUAAAUGGUGAUGUUCAUGACAUUACACCUGUGACCUCUUCAGCUCCUGAAGCUGUUAACAGUGAAAAAGCUGGGUUGGGAAGCAAUGAACAUAUACCAGAUGCUGUCCCAACUUCAAAUGAAGAAUUAAGCAAAAAAUCCAACUUACAUGUCCCUGAAGAGAAUAAACUGGUGGAGUUUGACUCUUCCCCAACUUCUCUUCAGGAAUGUCAUCAAUCUUUCACAAGGAGGGAGGAUAAGUUGUCUCCUCGUCAGAUUUCUAAAUCUAUUUGGGAAGGGGAGGCUACUUAUAAUCCUGCAUUGUGGACCCCUAAGGAGAUAGAAACUGCAACAGGAAAUGAAGAUUGCACCUUCUUGGAGCACCCUUUACAGCUUAGGAGCACAUACGCCGAGGCAAUGGAUUGUUCAGGGACCAGAGACCCCUACGGAGAACCCCUUGUGACCAGUUAUCAUAGGCGCUUCUCAGGAACUGUUGAUUACAUUUGGCGAUCUGAAGGUCUUCAAACAACUAGAGUUCUUGCUCCGAUGGCUAAACAUGCCAUGGAAUGGACUCCAGGAUUCCCAACCAAGGUAAGAAAACCUAGUUUUGUCUGAAAUACUGCAUGAUCUUUAUUUUCAUCAUGUCCUCAAUGACCUUCAUCACUGUCAGCCAUUGAAGGAACCUCCAAAUCAUUCAUAGGUGCAGCAACACCACCUCUAGCAUCUUCAUCUCUCCAAAUUCAACUAAGAUGUCUUCAUCUGAAGCAUCAAAAUUGUAUUUGCUUCAUUCUAUUCCGUAGUUCAUUCAUAGUCAAAAGCAAGAUCAUCAAUGUCAUAGUCAUUUGUUUUCGUAAUAUCCCUGUUGUUCAAUCUUGAAUUAGCCCACAAGCACCGCAUCAAUCAUGGUCUUUUGCUGUAAACGAUUCUUCUUGGUGUGGACCUAAAUAAUUGUAAAAUUAAUGAACACAUCAUACUAGCCUACUAGGUGGUACAGGUAAAUAACUAUAAAAUCAAUCUCAUAAAUUUAAAUUCUUACUGGAAGAAAAGAGUGAAGAAAAAAAAAGAAAAAAAAAGAAAGAAGAAGAAAAAUAAAACAAAAGACAAAAAACAGGAGAGAAGAAACAUAAAAUAAAAUAAGAGAAGAAUGAGCGGUGGUUGUUAGUGUAUAUAUUGUAGUCAACUAUAGUCAACUUGUAUAAAUAGUCAGACUUGUACAACUGUAGGUUUCUUUCAUUGUAUAUGUUAUUUUUUCAUCGUACAACUGUCACCAUGAAGCAAUCCAUGCCUAUAAAUAUCUCUUGUACGUAACAUUCAAGUGGGAAAUCAGAUAAUAAAAAAUAUUCUGUUGUUUAGUUUUUCCCUCUCUUUUAUCUGUUAAUUUUCUAAGAUGGUAUCUAAAUCUUGUUCUUCAAAUUCUUAUUAUUCUGACUCUUCUUGCUGUAUUCUUUGGAUGGAAACUGUUUUAGCUAGAUGUUAGCAAUGCCUUUCUAAAUGACUUUCUUGAAUAAACAAUUUAUAUGACUCAACCACCUGAUUUUGAAGUGAGUGAUAAGACUCUUGUUUGUAAAUUGAAUAAAGCUCUCUAGGCUAAAACAAGCACCUUGUCAGUGGUUUCGCAGCUUGCAAACUAUUCUUCACCAGAUUGGAUUUUCCAGUAAAACUUGUGAUUCCACUCGAUUCGCUUACAUAAAACAUUUGCAGGUUGUUUAUUUUUGGUUUGUGUGGAUGAUAUUAUAAUAGCAGGUAGCUCUGCUGAGCUGCUUUAAGACAUUAUGUCCUAAGUUAAUGCUAUUUUCUCUUUGAAACAACUGGGACAACUUGAAACUUUCUUGGUCUUGAAGUUAAAUACUUACCUGACAAGUCUGUUCUAAUAACUCAAACCAAGCACAUCCGAGAUUUGCUUCAUAAGAU